CAAAAACGUACAAAGAAAACCACUUUUAUAUAUAACUCCUUCCAAACCAUAAAAUCUCAUAUUUCAUCAAAAUCUCUUUAAUUUUCUUUUGAAGAAACUGAUUAUAUAAAGUUUUAUUUCAUCUUUGAUACAUAGACUCAAAAUAAUGUGGAACCAACAACAAAGAAUAUUUGGAAAGAAUAAUGACGUGGAAACGGGAACAACAUCAACAACGUUGUAUCCAAUGAUGUUGGAAUCACCAGAGUUACGGUGGUCAUUUAUAAGAAAGAUUUACUCGAUAGUUGCGAUACAGUUACUUUUGACCGUGGCAGUUGGUGCAGUCGUGGUUUCUUAUCAUCCGAUUGUUACCUUUUUAACUACUACUAAUGGUGGUUUGGCUUGUUAUGUUCUUCUUCUUGUUACUCCUUUCAUCACUUUAUGCCCAUUGUAUUACUAUCAUCAACGCCAUCCUGUUAACUAUGUGCUUCUUGGAAUUUUCACCGUUUCUCUUGCGUUCGGUGUCGGUUUGACAUGCGCUUUCACAAACGGUAAGGUGAUUUUGGAAGCUGCUAUUUUGACUGCAGUGGUGGUUGUGAGUCUUACUUUAUUCACAUUUUGGGCUGCAAAAAGAGGAUAUGACUUUUAUUUCUUGGGCCCGUUCUUGUUCGGUGCCAUUAUGGUGCUUCUUGUGUUCUCCCUUAUUCAGAUAUUCUUUCCCCUGGGUAGGAUUUCAGUUAUGAUAUAUGGGUGUGUAGCUGCCAUAAUCUUUUGCGGCUACAUUGUCUACGAUACAGAUAAUCUGAUUAAGCGCUACACAUAUGAUGAGUACAUUUGGGCCGCAGUUGCACUAUACCUUGAUAUCAUCAAUCUUUUCAUGGCGUUGCUUACCGUAUUCAGAGCUGCUGAUAAUUAGAAGUAUAUAAUAUGGUAGUAGUUGGCUAGUUGCUAUCUCUGUUAACACCUAAACAAAACUAUACAUUGAGACCGAAUUAUGCUAUAAUCUGUGAAUAGAAGUAGGAUGUUUAACUUUGUAAAUUGUUCUGCAACUAUUUUUCGCGAUUCCUUUGAAGAUGGGUUUAUGCAUGGGGCAUUUGGAAUGUUUGAAUUUGUGAUUGAUGAAAAUCAGAGUGAAUUGGUGGUACAUUCCGUUGGUGGUUCUUGUCAUUUGUAUUUCUCUUAUCCUUGGGAUGUUUGUAGAGAUUGAUCUAACAUAGAUCAAAUCGAAAUAGGCAACAGAUAGAAUGUAUGAAAAACAAACUUGUAUAAAAUGUAAUGAGAAAUCAUUAUUCGU